CUUUUUUUAUCAAUAAUCUGCUACGUUAUCAAUUAUGUGAUACGAUGAUAUUGUUUGACCAAUCCGAUGACUUCCCUCUUAAAUUUUAAUUUAAGGUUAAGAUAACAAACUUGAAAUGUAAACAAAGUACAAAAUACAAAUUAGAGACAUUUAAUUUGUUCGUUGAGUUGACACUUGUUGUCUAUAUAGUUUUUACUUUUACUGUUCGGCACUUUGCUAUAGUGUUGUCUAAUACAAUAUAUUGUCAGUUACUCACUUACCACUUCCCGGUUGCGAGUUGUCGCUUAUCAUUUGUCCUUUUUCACGUCUAGUCCGUUCAUUGUUCACAUCAAAACUAUAGUAAAAUACUUCUUUAGGAUUGACUGUUCUCCGUAAUAAAAAUAUUCUUCACUUUUGAGUCUUGAGAACUAGCUAACCGCCUUAAAAUACAUUUUUUAUAUUCACCACUUUUACCUGCUAGUUACUAUGUGGUGAGUUGAAGUCGAUCAUAACUGAAAUCGUUUCGUGACAAAUAAAUAUUCAAUUUAUUAAAUCUCGAUUAAGUUAUUAAAUUAUAAUGAACAGUAACUAUAAAGUUUGCCAUACCAUUGCUGAUGUGAAAUCGGUGAUUUCGUCUGAAAAUAAUUCAUUUGAUGUUCGCAUCGAAUCUGAUUUGCCUGAAUCGACGACAACUGAAAAAUGUAUCUUGGGAAUUGACGAAGCUGGCCGUGGUCCUGUCCUAGGUCCAAUGGUAUAUGGUACAUCUUACUGUUCAGUAGACAAUCAAGCUAUACUAAAGACAUUAGGAUGUGCCGAUUCAAAAGUUUUGUCUGAACAAGCUCGAGAUGAUAUCUUUGAUGGAAUAACAAAACAAUCUGAAAUACUUGGAUGGGCCGUACACAUUAUAUCACCUACUACAAUAAGCAAUUGUAGCUUUAGGAGGCAAAAGUGUUCUUUGAAUGAAAUUUCACAUAAUGCUGCCAUUGGUUUGAUACAACGAGUUUUGGAUAGAGGAGUAAAUAUUUGUGAAGUAUUUGUAGAUACUGUUGGACCACCUGAAAAGUACCAAGAAAAAUUACUAUCAAUAUUCCCUCAACUAAAAAUCACAGUGUCUAAAAAAGCUGAUUCUUUGUUUCCAAUUGUAAGUGCUGCUAGUAUUUGCGCUAAAGUAACCCGUGAUGCUGCGUUAAAAAAUUGGAAAUUUAUUGAAAGACCUGGAGAAGAUAUUGAUUCAAAUUGGGGAAGCGGAUACCCAAAUGAUCCUGUUACAAAAGAAUAUUUGAAAAAAAACAUAGAUCCGGUAUUUGGAUUUCCUAGUAUUGUACGAUUUUCUUGGUCUACAGCAGAAUUGGUACUAAAAAAUAAUGCAGCACAAGUAGACUGGUCUGAUGAAGAAGAAGAUGAAGACAAAAAAUCAGUACCUAUAACUUCAUUUUUUGGUCAAAAUAGUAAACAAGUUCAACAAAAAACGCCUUUUUUUGAUGAUAGAGGUUUAAUAGUUACAACUAAAUUUUAGUAAAAGAAAAAUCUUUGUCUUAUAUUUGUAUAUUUAAUUUUAAUUAUUAUAAUAGAUAUUAAUAUAACUAUUUUUGGCUCAAAUUAUGUUUACAAUAUUAAACUUCUUAUUUAAAUUCAUAAUUCAAUAAUAAUAUAUUAUAAUAUGUAAAUUAAAAUGAGGUUUUACAUUGUUAAAUACAAUUUUAUAAAUAAAUUAAAAUUAAGUUAGGAAUCUUUAUUAAAUCACAAUAAAUAUUAAAUAUAGACUAUACCCUGUCCCACGAGAGAACAUGCCGGUUCUGUGAAUCACCCCACGUCACCCAGCUAUCGCAACCGGUUCCCCUAUUGCAGGGGGACGCACAGAAAACUUGAUUUUAGUUGUGCCGCGGAAUGAUCUCUUCUGGGACCAAGUAUAAAGAUAUAUUCCCUGUAUUUUAUGUUCAAAAUACGGCAGUAUUCUUUCCUUUUCCAUUAUGGGUUUUUAACAAAUUAGUAA